CGGUCUUGGGACUUUUCCCACCCCUUUAGUUGGCUCCUCUUUCUUGUCUGUCGGCUCAUCGCCUUUGUCCGGGAGGCCCGCAGUUACGGUGGCUGUUCAGCGACUGCAGGGAAGGAGCGGGAAAGGGAGCGAGGUGUGACUUCUUGGAAACUUAGAAGUAGAAUUGAAACCUGACCUCAAUGGCUACCAAGAUCUUUGAGACCAUUGGUAAACUUGGCCUGGGGCUGGCAGUUGCUGGUGGAAUUGUCAACUCUGCUCUUUAUAAUGUGGAUGCAGGCCAUAGAGCUGUCAUCUUUGAUAGAUUCAAGGGUGUUCAAGACAUCGUAGUGGGAGAAGGCACACAUUUUCUUAUCCCCUGGGUACAGAAGCCAAUAAUCUUUGACUGCCGCUCUCGGCCACGCAAUGUUCCAGUGAUCACUGGAAGCAAAGAUUUACAGAAUGUCAACAUUACACUGAGGAUCUUGUACAGGCCAGUGACAAUUCAGCUUCCCCGGAUUUUCACCACGAUCGGCGAGGACUAUGAUGAGAGAGUGUUGCCUUCUAUCACAAAUGAGAUUCUUAAAUCUGUGGUGGCUCGUUUUGAUGCUGGUGAGUUGAUCACCCAGAGAGAGCUAGUUUCCAGGCAAGUUAGCGAAGACCUCACGGAAAGAGCAGCAACAUUUGGACUCAUCCUGGAUGAUGUUUCCUUGACACAUCUGACAUUUGGGAAAGAGUUCACGGAAGCUGUUGAAAUGAAGCAAGUAGCCCAACAAGAAGCAGAAAGAGCCAGAUUCAUAGUGGAAAAGGCGGAGCAGCAAAAGAAAGCUGCUAUCAUCUCAGCGGAGGGGGACUCAAAGGCAGCUGAGCUGAUCGCCAAUUCGCUGGCUUCAGUGGGCGAUGGCCUCAUUGAAUUGCGCAAACUGGAAGCUGCUGAAGACAUCGCUUACCAGCUCUCACGGUCCCGCAACAUCACCUACCUGCCAUCAGGACAGUCAGUGUUGCUCCAGCUACCCCAAUGAGUGUCCUUUCUGCCUGGAAUCUCCCCUUUUUUCUAUAAUUCCCUUGAAAAAUAACAAAUUAGCCCAAAGUAAUCAGUGAGAUUUUCCAAUUUUGGGCUGAGAGUACAGAAACUGAAAUGGAUUGAAAACCACGGGGUCUAAUAAAGGCAAUUAAUCUCUCUUCCCUCUGGAAUAUUACUUUUAGUUAAUCAGGUACUCAGGACAAAAACUUUAGAGGAAUAAAAGAUUGGUAACCUAAGAUGGGCAUUUUCCAUCCUGGCUAAUUUAACAGUACAUCCUCUGGAGAAAAUAUCUGUUCCGGGUCUUGCCUUAUCUGUUCAUUUUGAGCCAGGAUAGGCAGAGUAUGCCCUCCAGAUGCUAUUAGACUUAAACUCCUAUCCACACGCCGCCCCCCCCCCCAACCAGCAUAGUCAGUGAUGAGGAACCCUCGGGGUUGCAGUCCAGCAACAUCUUGAGAGGGGAAUUAUAUUUUACACAUUCAUCCAUAUCCUCAAUGCUAAGCCAGCUUUAGUGUCCUGCUGUCUAGAGGAAGGAAAGGAGCAUAUUUUCCUAAGCUGCUUCCUUUCUGCCAAAUUUAACAUCGCAAAAGCCAACAUCAAAAGUGAUCUUCCCCAAAUUCCCUCCUCCACAGUAAUGCUUGCAAGUUGAACCAGAGGCAGAUACAACACUGAAGAUGGUUUCUGAAAGUAAUAUGUUCCCACUUGGAGUUACAACCCUCCUUUCACAUAAAUCUCCUUUCUUGGGAACAGCUAUCCUUUAUAGCUUAUCCACAACUGACGGUAUCUGUCCUUGCACGGGAAAAAGUUGAUCCUAGCAAAGAGGAGGCAUCUGUUCCACAUUCUCAUUCCAGCUUUAAGGGUGAUACGGCAGAGUCACCUGCUGAGAGAAGCAUUCAUUAGUGUGGUAUCAAAGCUCUUCUAAUUAUUUCAAAAGAUACUCACUUAGCAAUGAAACUGCAAAACUAUGGAGAUUGUAUUAACCAACCUUCUAUAAAUAAAUGAGCAAAUAAUAUGCUCCUUCCUGA